AUGAAAAUAUUGUAUUUGAUUAUACUAUGUUACAUUACUUCCUUUAGACACUUUCAAUUUUGUUUAAAUAAUAAUGCUGUCGAAAAUAAUGAAACACCACAAAUAUUAAGGAAAAAACACCGCAAAAAUAAUAAAAAUGAUUUAACUAAUGUAAUAGACUUCUCUUUUAUAAGCACAAGUAAAGAGGAAAAUAAAUCUGAGCAUCACGAAGAUGAAAAAAACAAAAAUAAUGAGCACGUCGAAAAUAAAGAUAACCAAAAAGGCAAGGAUGAUCAUGAUCAAGGAAAAAAUGAAAAUAAAGACAAAAAGGAUAAAAAGACAGACAAAAAAAAAGAUACAGAUGAUGAUGAUUAUGAUAUAGAUGAUAUUGACGACGAUGACGAUGAUGAUGAUGAAGUAGGUGAAAAGAAAUCCAAAAAAAAAGAAAAUAACGAUAAAAAUAAAAAAACAGAAGAUAAGAAAAAUGAUGACAAACAAAAAGAUGACAAGAAAAAAAAUGAUAAGAAAAAAAAUAAAGACGAUGAUGAUGAUGACGAUGAUAAUUUUGAUGAUGAAGGUGAUGAUGAUGAAGAGGAUCAAGAGGAUAAACCUCCCCAAAAAAAUAAAGGAAAUAAUUCAAAGGAUGAAAACAAUAAAAAUAAACAUACAGAAAAUUUAAAAACUGAGAAAAAAAAAGAUAAAGAAAUAAAAAAACAUAAAAAUAACGAAGAUAUUGAUAACCAUAAAAAGGAAAAUCACAAUAAUAAGAAAGAUGAUAAUAAUAAUCAUCAUGAGAAUAAUAAUAACACAAACACAACUAAUAGUCAUCAUGAAAAUAAUCACAACGAAAACAAUCAACCCAAAACAAACUCAAAUAAUUCAAAUAUGAACCAUUAUGAACAAGAUCAUAAUGGAAGUAUCGGCAUGCCUAAUGCAGUGGGAGCAAUGCCACCCAUACCUGGAGCUAAUUUUCAAAAAAAUGACAACACACCUGAUACCCAUCCUAUUAACACGAUAUCAAGUGAAAAUAUAAUUAUUCCUGAAGAUAUUAAGAAAGACUUUAUGAAAUUAUUGGCAAGCGUAAUUAAACUUAACACUAAAGAUAGCUCACAUCCUUCUAAUCAAUUUAUAGAAAAUAAUAAACCAAUGAAUCCACUAUUACAGAAUAAUCAUAACCCUGAGCAUCCAAACAACUCAUCAUUUAUAAAAAACAUAUAUUACCAUUUCAAAACCCAUUUAUCAUAUUACAUAAUAGGGACGAUAAUUUUGUUUAUUUUAACAUUACUAAUUCAGGCUUCAAGUUAG